AUGGCCAAUCUUGGGAACAGAGGCAGGAUCUACCAGACCUUAAGCUUCACCUGUCCCCUGUUCAUUGUGGGGAUGUGCUGUGUGUUUCCUUUCUUCUGUCACAGCUAGACACAUCUGCAGGCUCUUAACCAAGCUGAUCCUCAGUGCUAGGAAUCUUCUUCAGUGCUUCUCCUGGAAAUGAGGAAGCCUUGAAUUUCUAAUACCGUUUCAAGUUUCUGGGAUUUCAUGAUCUACCUGAAGUCAUCUGAGAACUUGAAGCAUGAGGCACUGUUUUCGGACCUGGCCCAACUCUUCUGGGCCAUCUAUGUGGACUGCAUCCUUUCCAGGAACCAUGGCUUAGGGAGGAGGCAACUUGCUGGAGAGGAAGGAAAGAUCUUAACAGUGCAUCCACAACACACCAGGAGAAAACAAGCUGGCCAACCCCAGCAAUUAAGAAUCCCUUUCCUGAAGAAGAAAGUAUUGAUUGAAGAUUUGAUAAGCAUGUACUUGCACAGGAAUGGGGUUAAGCACAUUGGAAAGGUGACUGUUGGCCUGGAAAUAAAGAGAAAAUAAAUCUGACCUCAUUACUAACUCACAU